CUGUAUUUUAUUUCUUUAAAAUUUAUAUUUAUCUAUUUUUUUCAAACCAUCCUCUCCAUGAGCCCAGAAUUGCAAAUCCAUUAAAAAAAUUUACCGGCAUGUAGCCCUUUAAACAUUUAGGGCCGUAUACAUGAAGCAUGGCGUAAAUUUCUAUCAGUGCCACAAAAUUCUGCAUUGCUGCAUGUUUUCAAUUUAGCGAGGUAUUUACUAAGACUGGUUAUGUAAAUGAACACAGCCGAGUUCAUUUAAAUGCACUGCUGAUAUUUCACGUGUCUUGCACGUGGCAGGAUAGCAUCAUUGUUGUAAUGCUCCGUCUAUGGUUAAGUCGGGUUUUGGACAGGUGUCAGGAUCCAUGGAUGCAACUGACACGUAUUGUCACCUGUCUUAACACGUCUCAGUAAAAACAUCAGAACACAGUUUUAAUAUUUCAAAUUUAAUUCCGUACCCAAUAGCCAACCAUUCUCUCAACUUCUCUAACAGGCAACGGUUCCUUGAGAUGAAACAAUCAUGUUUUAAAAAGAUUUUAAGAUUUUCUCUUUUUGUAAACGUAGGUAAGAGUCGCCAUAAAUAUAACGCUUGAUGAAUGUAACACGGUCAAUUACUUCAUGUACGAUGCGGCUGCUGUAGCUAUUUCAGGUUCGUAAGUGUACAAUUCAGUCCUCCACCACCUCCCAUUGGAACGAAGCAAUGUGAUAAGCUUUUUGGGAUAUAUUUUUUUUAAAAACUUGCCCUGCCUUUUGAGCGAGCUAAAUUAGUAUUUUUUUUUUACUACGUCCGCGUAUGUUUUCAUUUUUCCUUUUAUUUUUUCUUGUCACUAGAGGGUCACAGAUAGAGAUGGGGUCCUUUCCUUUGCUUAAGGGUAUAUUGGCAGUGCAUCAUCUUACAUUUAACCUGAAAUCUCACCAUUUCAAUCCAGUUCCACAAUCACUAGUUUACUUUGCUACCCCUGAGAUUUCUCGUUCAUUAACUUGUGGAAGAAGGAAUUGGACUCUGCUAAUUAACCUUUUUUUGUUUUCUAAAUAAACUAAAAUAUCAUCCUGAUAAAGUUGCUGUAGUUAAUGAGUUCCCCAGAUUCAUUACCAUGGAACAUGUACAGAAAACCCCAGAGCAAGAUGUAUAAAAGGGGAAUCAGUCUUCCUCUACUGCAAAUAUGAAACCAGGUUGAACAAAGUGGAGAAAACCAUUGACCUCAUUCUCUGCCAAGGUGACUGUGGGCAAAGAAAGAAAAUCAACAAAGAGAAGAAAUCAGAGAAACACAACUGCUAUGAACUCUUGGAAUUCCACCCUCUCUUUAAAUACUACUUUUGUACAUCCCCCAUUUUUUUUCAUCAAUGGUUUGAAUAACAUGCCCCAUGCCAAAUACUACUAUGUUUUUUUGUGUUUCGUAUUUGUGGUCUCUGUUUUGGGAAACUCCUUUGUUAUGUUUAUUAUAUACACAGAGCGCAGUUUUCACACCCCAAAGUAUAUGGCUGUUUUCAAUUUGGCUGCAGCUGACUUAGGUGAAAGCACUGCUCUUAUCCCAAAUUUAAUUGCAAUGUUUCUUUUUGAUUCACAAUACAUCUCCUUUGACGCUUGCUUGGCCAACAUGUUUUUUGUGUUUUUCUUUACCUGUUUGCAAUCUGUCACUCUUUCCAUUCUGGCUUUUGAUAGAUUGGUGGCAAUAUGCUUGCCACUGAGAUACCACGCCAUCAUCACAGUGCCAGCAAUGGCUGUGAUAUUAACAGUGGUGUGGGCAUAUGAUUCAGUUUUACUAAUUUUAAUGGUAACUUUAAUUACCAGGUUGUCCUUCUGUAAAUCCAUUGUGGUAAAAAGCUACUUCUGUGACCAUGCACCGGUAUUCUUUUUGGCAUGCAAUGACAAUCUUGUCAAUGGUGUCAUAGGAAUUGCUAAUAUAGCAUUAUUACUUUAUAUACCUUUUAUUCUGACUGUAAUGUCAUAUGUGUUCAUUGCUGGUGCACUUCUUAAAAUAGCUUCAUGGGAAGGGCGACUUAAAGCCAUUAAGACUUGUUCUGCACACCUAAUACUGGUGGCUUUAUAUUAUCUUCCAAUACUUGGCACCUACAUUGCUGCAAUUGCUUUUACCAUUCCUCCCAAUGCCAGGAUCAUGAGUACAUCAUUGGCAAAGGCCAUUACCCCCAUGUUGAACCCAAUCAUUUAUGUGCUGAACACUGAAGAGGUAAAGGAAGUCUCAAAAAGAAAAUUUCAUCGGGGAAAACUGCAGAAAUAAGCAAUCAAAACACUGCUUUUUACUGUAAUUCAAAAUACAGUAAAAUAAUGAAUUGAUAUUACAAGAAUGGUGCUUUCUGUACUCAGCAGUCUGUGAAAACAGAGGUAGUGGCAGAAGUUAAGAAUUCCUAACGGAAUUCUCAAAAAAACUUUUCAAAAUAAAUGGACAUCAGUGC